AUGAAAUGCUUUCUUGUGGAUCGUGUGCUACUGCCCGCUGAUGCAACUUGUGUUUGCUUCAAGCGAAAGGGAAAUUAUCAACGGAUCUGCAUGAACUUGACACCCCUUCAGGCAAAAAGAAUGCGACGGUUGAAGCGCCGAAUGAAGGUUUACUUUGAUGCUGCUAGGGCAGAUCACCAGGAAGCAUUGAGAGCUCUUUGGUAUGCUACAUAUCCUGGUCAAGAGCUUCAAGGCUUGAUAUCGGAUCAAUGGAAAGAGAUGGGAUGGCAGGGAAGAGAUCCAUCUACUGAUUUCAGAGGUGCUGGUUUCAUUUCUUUGGAGAACCUGUUGUUCUUUGCAAAGACGUUUUCGACAUCUUUCCAGUGCCUAUUGAAAAAGCAGGGAGGAAAGCCGGCUGCUUGUGAAUAUCCGUUUGCUGUUGCUGGUGUAAAUAUCACAUUCAUGAUCAUGCAAAUGCUUGACCUUGAAGCCACAAAACCCAGAACUUUCAUCAGAGCAGUUUUCUUACAAAUGUUGUUAGAAAAUGAGUGGUCCUUUGACUUGCUUUAUUGCGUGGCUUUCAUGGUUAUGGACAAGCAGUGGCUUGAGAGAAAUGCUACAUACAUGGAGUUCAAUGAUGUUUUGAAAUCCACUCGAGCUCAGUUGGAGAGGGAACUGCUAAUGGAUGAUGUCUUCCGGAUUGAAGACAUGCCAUCUUACAGCCUUCUUUGUUGA